AUGGAGUCACCGGAUCAAGGACCGGAUAAUCUUAGUAUUCUCAAUCGCCUCCCUCUCGAGCUUCUGAGUCAAGUCGUCUACACUCUGCCAAAUGCCGACAUCAAGAAUCUCCGCCUGACCUGUUCUCAUCUCCGGAACGCAUCUCUUCCGCGCUUCAAGCGAGUUUUUAUAUCUGCCAACCUGCGCGACAUAGAGGUCUUCACUCUGAUCGCGAACCAUGAUCGUUUUCGGUUCAAAGUCGCCGAGAUCAUCUACGAUGAUUCGCGCUUCAAUGGCCCUUGGAGCAGAGGGCCUAGAGCGAUGAAUGGAGACACUGAGGAUCUCACCAGAGAGCCGUACUGGUUUGAGAGAUUUUACAGUUCCAUUGUUGACGCCAUUGACACCAAUGAGAAGAUGUAUCAGCCCAUGCCACAUGUCAAGGAAGCGUUUAAAACUCGCUGCACCGAGCCUGAGUCAUAUCAAGUGUAUCGCAAGCUUCAAUCACAACAAGACGAAGUAAUUGCGUCAGACCGGGACUCUGACGCUCUCAGAUAUGGUCUUUUACGCUUUCCAAACCUGAAAAGAGUUACCGUGAGUCCAGCUGCUCAUGGAAUUCUUGGACGACCACUGUAUCACACUCCUACAAUCAGAUCUCUUCCGCAGGGACUAAUAUACCCUCUGGAGCAUGGUUGGCUUGGGUCAACUCCAUUUGAGGAUUAUCACCUCACGGGUUGGGAUGAAACAUCCAAAAGACAAUGGCGUGGAUUUUGUGUCAUCACGAAGCAGAUCGCUCGAUAUAUCCGUGAGAACUCGACGUUCGCUCUCUCCGAGUUUGUUGUGGAAAGCCGGCAUCUAUGGACAGGAAUUAGCUGUCGUGCUUUUGAUAACCCCGCCAGUGAUGAAUAUCACGAUCUUGUCACCAUCAUCAGUCACCCUCUGUUGAGACGCUUGGAGCUAUCACUUGCCUGCGGUGAUGAGUCCAGGCGAAACUGGCCCUCUUUCCGUUCCGGCCUCCUCUUCAGGGCUCUAAGCAAAGCAGAGAACUUGCAAGAUCUGCGCUUUGAUACUGGCAUUCCGAUUGUGAGCAGGACGUGGCACAACUUUGUGGAGUAUGGACAGAAUGGUAUGCCACUACGGAGCAUGUUCCCCGUCAAGGACUGGUCCAAUUUACGCCACUUUGCCCUUUCUCGGUCUUUUGUCAAACAGAGAGAUGUUAUGGCCUUCAUUUCUACACUCCCAUCGUCACUAGAGUCGCUUGAGCUGAGCUUUCUUAGCUUCCUGCCCCAGGAGGGAACUUAUAGGGACUUGUUACAUGACAUGCGCUGUAACUUGGGGUGGAGGGAAAGGUUGGUGCGUGAUCAGCCAAAGCUCAUUGUAUUUGUCGUUGAGAAUGAACUCAGGAUGGAUGGCGUUGUUAUAGACUUGAGUCUUGCGGCAAUGGACUGUGUGUAUCGCCACGGAGAAAAUCCAUUUGUAGAAGAGCAGAUCAUGGAGGUUCUGGAGGGUAAAGGGAGAACAGUAGAUCUUCUUGAUCCGGCGUAUGGCGAGAGAUGGUAA